AUCCCAGAUUUAAAUCAAAACCAAGAAGUCUCCUCAUUCCUUCCCCAUCCCAUCUCUCUUAAACACACACUCUCUCCCAUCUCUCUCUCUAUUACAAGCACCAACUUUGGAGUUAGUACAAUCUCUCCAAGACUCCAACUGUUUCAUACUUUCAUGCUUCACAACUCUCUCUCUCCCCUUACAUAUCAACCUUUACCCAAACCAUUACAACAACAAUCAAACUUGCUGCCUCUUAAAAAAACUUCCAUAGCUACCGGGGAAUUCCACAGAACCUUCGAGAAUGGCCUCUCAGAAACACUUACGCGAGCUACUCAGACAAGAUCAAGAACCAUUUCAUCUCCAUAAUUACAAGCCUAAAAACAAACCCGUAAAACCAGUCACCAAAUCAGCUUCUUCAAAACGCGGCAGUCUCUACAAACAAGCCUGUUUCACAUCUUUCCAGGACUCCCCGGACUAUUUCAACUCCCCCUUGAAAAAGAAACCCUCGGCCACCACUGUCCUCCACGUCCCUGCCAAAACAGCGGCCGGGCUUCUCGAAGCCGCGGCCAAAAUUCAGAACCGAUCCUCAUCCAAGCCCAAGAAUGCCCGGUUCGCCGGGCUAUUCUUCGGCUCAAUUUUACGAAAAAUAAAGGACAAAAAUGCUACUACAAGCAAAACCCGUGAACUCGGCAGCUCCUCAAUAAAUGGUCCCGCUUUUGAAGCUCAACGAGACCAGUUUGUGGUGGACAAUAGUAAAGACAAAUAUGAAAUGAUGGGCUAUUCGUUUUCAGAGUGUAAUUAUAGUAAUAUUAGCAGGAGGAUUAGUAGUGCUGGCUGGUCCGAAAGUAACACGCCAGAAGAUGAUAAUAAGUCUAUAGAUAUGGAUACUAUUUCAUCCUGUACUACUUCGAGAUCUGACUACUAUAAUCAUGAUUUUGUUCUGCCUGAUCAGCCUCACUUCUGUUUGAGCCCCUUGAGUCCUUUCCGUUUUGCACUUCACCGGAGCCCCUCCGUCGGUCGCCGGACGCCAGACUUUUUAUCUCCCGCAACUUCCCCUGGCCGCCACCGCGCACAGGAAGAUGAUGAUCAGGCAACAGAAAAUUCAGAAAAAAUUAAUGCACAGGAGGAAGAUGAGAAAGACCAGUUUAGUCCGGUUUCUGUCCUGGACCUUCCGUUCGAGGAUGAUGAACGAGAAGACGAGAGGGAGGAGGAGGAAGAAGAGGACGAGGAUGAUUACGAUCUUGAGUGCAGCUACGCCCUAAUGCAGAAAGCCAAGUUUCAGCUGUUGGAGAAGCUUCGUAGAUUCGAGAGACUGGCAGAACUGGAACCAAUUGAACUUGAGAAAAGAAUGUUGGAAGGAUACGAAGAUGAAGAUGAUAAUGAUGAUUAUCUAGACGAGAAUGAGGAACACGAAGAGUUUGGGAUGAAUGUUGAUGAUCUAAUUUGUGAAAUAUUUAGCACAUCAGGUCCCUGCAAUGUAGAGAAAGUCCCUGGACACAUGAAAAGGCUGGUUUUCGACCUGAUAACCGAAGAGAAAAAGAACGGAAUGGACAACCGAGACGACGCCAUGGUGAAACUGGUAUGCAAAAGGCUAGGUUCAUGGAAAGAAGUGGAAUCGAACACCAUCGAUAUGAUGGUGGAAUUGGAUCUCAAAAGAGAGGUCGACGGAUGGAAGAAUCACGAGGAGGAGGUAGGAGAUAGAGCAAAGGAAAUCGAGCUGGCGAUUUUCGGUUUAUUGAUGGAAGAAGUAUCCGAGGAACUAGUUAGGCAUUAGUAUGAUAGAUGGAGCUGAACCAUAAGCAUCAGUGUAGAAUUAUGUGUUCUAGAUAAAAAUAAAAUUUUGUUACUGGUUC